UUAUCAGGGGUCUUUAUUUAUAAUCUUUCUUUUGCAGACUGAAAUCUGGAUUUGAUGCAAGACUGAAAACAGGCAUUGUUGAUGGCUUAGGAGAUAUCAAAGACAUGCUGGUUUGCUUCACAACAUUAUUGCAAACUAUUCGAGAUACAAUGAAGUGUUUCAUUGUACUUUCCAAAUGUUAAUGGAUUUAUUGUAUCCCAAUAACAUUUUUGUUGACUCCUCCUUGUUACAAUAGCUAAAAUGCAAGGGCAGAAUUUACUGCAAAUUAAUAGUGUGGAAGGAGAAAACCAGUCAUGUUUGAAAGCUCUCUCUACAGAGAAGUAUGCCAUGUCACCAAGUGAGUACAGCUGUAGAACUGGAAGCCAUCAUUUAAACCAAAAUAGAAAUCUGGAUGCAUCCCUAGAAAUGGAACUGGUUCAGAAAAAAAUUCACAGCAAGAGUGAUGAUGGAACAAUUGAUGAAGGAUCACUGGAGAUUCUUCAGGAUAUCAACACAAUGGAAUCCAGCAAUACUUGGGGUGAUUUUGAAGGUUUCAGUGAGGUCAAGCUGGUGAACUUGAGUAACAUUCCAGAACCUUUGGACAAGAUAAAUGAAAAGGUGUCACAUACAAAUGGUAUGGAUAUCAAUGACACUCAUUCCACUACCUCAUUCAGGCAAGUUCUUUCCAAAGCAGUUGGAUACGAAAAAGAAACAAUUGCUAAAGCUGCAAUGAAGGUUGCCAUCAGUUCUGAAGAUAUUGUUAAACAGAGUUUUCCUGAAAUCCCAGUACCACAGUGCUUGGAUAAAAUAAGUACAUUGAAGCAAGUGCUUCACCCAGAAAGAGAAGAUGCAGACAUUCCUGAAUGUACAGAGAAACAAGCUUGGCUUGACUCAGCAAAUUUAUGGAAAACUCUAACUCAGUGCAAUACCCCUUCUGAUUUAAGAUGCCAUCAAAAUGAAUUUCAUUGUCAAGAAAAUCUUUUAGCUGUGCUUGGAAUCAAUGCUAAUCAAAAGGCUGUUCCAGAAUUUAAGGUCAGUAGUUUGGAAAAAACUAACAGAGAAAAUGAAGAUUCCGGUGUCGACAAAUUCAACCUUAGCACUUGUAAAGCACUAAUUCAAACUAAGCUAUCUGUAACUCCUGAGCCAAGACAGAAUCAUCUGUUUACUUAUAACUUGUUCCUGAAGAAGACUCCAUCCAGCGCAAAUAUGCAAUAUAUAACAGUUUCACAAAAAAAGAGGUUUUUUACUGCACAAAGUUUAAGAAUGAAAAUAUUUAGCAGUAAUGUUUGCUAAUGGAAAUGUUUGCCAUUGUAUCACUUUUGUAAACAAAUUUUAAAAAGAAAUGUCUUUGGGGGGGAAAAUGUGCUUCAUCCAUGUAUUUUAUUUUAUAGAUACGAGUAUGGUUUGGUCAUGAUAUCACUAAUGGAUAAAUCACUAAAUGAACAAACCAGAAGUAUGCUUUCAGAGAUGGCAAAUGUGCUGUGGUCACUCUUGCUCUUUUGCUGACAUUUUAAAAACCUUUUUAAUUGCGCCCUGUUUUAGAAACAUGUGUUGUGCUAUUUGUGUGCCCAAUCACUGUUCCUCUAAACUCUUUUAGACAGAUAUGAUACCUAGAAUACAUAGUGUAUGUUCCUGCCUCUGUUACAUUUGAUUUUUUUUAAUCAGCUGCAAUUCCACUGGUAAGUCUUACCAACUAUCCUGGCAGGGAAAUGUACUAAUUUGUGUAACGGCCCAUUGUCUACUCUCAUAAGUUUGCAUUUGAUUUGAUUUUUUUCAAGAAUUUUUAUAUCUAUCCUUAAAUCUUGAUCUCUCCUCUUGCUGUAGAAAGGCACGCUGUGGCUCCUGAACCUGUUUAUGUGACCUGAAGAUCCUUCCAUCAUAAUUUUUGUGUUGUAAUGAGAUUGACUAGCUGUACUGUGCACCCUAAAAUAAGCAUAAUACAUUUAAACCUGUACAAGAGAGGGCCUUCUCGUGAUAUACUUGCAAAGAAAAAAAUAUGGAAAUGUUUAGUUUGUGUUGCUCAACUGUCCUGCUGUAUAGCAUUGAAAGCAAAUGCUUAUUUUGUUAUUCUUGGUUUAACAUAGUUGAGUAACAGGCAAACUCAAUGGCUGAUAUCCAUUUAUGAGCAUGUGUACACAUUGAAAUGAGUUGCUUCUGUUAGCACUGCAGAAAUAAGAGAGCAUUCACUUUUUGCUAUGUUUUUUCCCAAGCAAUCCUGGAUACCUGCUGUCAUCAUUUCUAUAUAACUAUAUUUCCUAUUUUUCAUAUUGGAAGCCUGGCUUUUAAAACUAGCACUUAAUAAAAAGCAGUAGUUUAGGUUCUUUUUAUUAAACUUCAGGGAACCAUUUCAUAUUAGUCUGCUGAUUUUGGUACAGAGAGUCUGGCAUACUGAUAACAUUUCUUGAAGUAGGUGAAUAAGUCCCUUGUAUUCAAAUUGGUUUGAAGUAUCUUGCUACUACAGCUAGAUACUUCAGCAUCUCCCUUACUUUGAUAUCCAGGUCAUUUUAAAACUGAGAAAUGGUUACAAAAAUAGAUUGUUCAGUAUGGUGAUUAAUAUAUGGGAAGUCAUGUCCUUAGUUUCUAUUAUCAUGAACAAUCAGGUACUAUAACCUCCCCUUGUUUUAGAGUAAUUUCUUUCCUUUGUUUUAAAAUGUUUGCAAUUUAUAUUUCAGAGUUUCUGAUAAAUUUUAUAAAGCCUUUUAGUCCAUACCUAUUGGCUUACUACUAGCAAAGACUCAUGUAGCUUCUGACUUGCCAGGACAAAUGCUAUCUGGAUGCAGCCUAAUCUAUCCUCUACUAUGUUUACAGUUUGCAUAGGUUCUUCUCAGCUAAUGGAGUAAAACCUAUUGAGCACUAUUUUGUGUACUACCAUUCAUUUUUAGAAUAAUAGUUCAGUUAAACUUGCAGUUGCCUUUGUGUAAUUCAAGGGUGAGAAACUGUCUUGCGUUAGACAUUCCUGAGCUACAACUCUUGAGGGUCCCUUACCAUCAAAGGGUUCUUCAACCCUGGUUUAGUAGCUGUUUAGUGACAGGUGCGUCAGAGUUAUGCAGACACGUUCCUACCACUGUCUGAAGGCUUGUAACAUUAAUAAAUCUAAAGUUGAUAAAACU